AUGCUACCUCCGCCAGCGGUGAUGCUAGUGCUGCGGCUCGUCGAGACGCACGCGGCCGCCCGCCGCCUCCACCACCUGCUCGAGGACCUCUGCGCGCAGGCGUACCGCCCGAGCGGGCUGCGGCCGCUGCUGCGGUGCGCGCACUUCUGCGCGGCGCUCGCGGCGGCGGUGGCGGCGUGCGAGCCGGCGCAGGCAGCGGAGCUCCUCGAGCCGCUGCUGCAGGCGCUGCAGCGCGCGAGCGACGCGGCGAGGGAGCGCCACGCCGCGGCGCGUGGCUCACUCCGCUGGGCCGAGCUCGCCGCCCUCUCCUCGCUGGUCAUUGAUUCGCUCCCCAUCCUGCCGACGACGGCGCCCGCGCUGCGCACGUGUUGCGUCGCCGUCGCGGCUAUCGCCAGCGGAGCGAGCGGCGCCGGCAGCGCGACGGAUGGGGCGUUUGGCGCAGGGGCGGCGGGUUCGUUGCUCCUGUGGAGAGCGAGCGGCGCGCUGGAGGCUGCCUGCGCGCAGCUCGAGCAGCCGGGGGAUUGGGCGGCGGGCUCCGGGCAGCCGGUGGCUGCAGCGCUGGCCACGGCGAGGCGGGUUCUGGCGGGCGGCGACGGCGACGGGGGCGAGGGCCGCGAGAAGGUCGCCGAGGAGCUGCGCGGGCUCGAGAGGCACGCGGCGCUCGGCGUGGUCGCGCAGUCGCUGCGCGCGUCUGCGGGCGACCUCACGCGGGCGCGGGAGCUUGGGGCCCGCCGCCGCUGCGCGAUGCCGCCGGCGGGCGAGGCCGCGGAUGCCUCAGAGGAGGAGGGCGGUGGUGCAGGGGCGGAGGCGGGCGGGACGGAGGACAGGGCCGCGGUGCGGCGCGCCCUGAAGCUGCUGCUGCGCUGGCGCGUCGCCGCUGAAGCGCACGGCAGCCGCGUCGAGGAGGCGCCGCUCUCAGCUGCAGCCGUGAGUCUUAGGCGCGCCCCUCUCGCCCGGCGAGCGGUCUCCCGCGCGGAGCGGUGGGACGGCACCGACUUUGGCGCGGCGGCGCUCAGCGGGGGCGCGGGCGGAGGAGGCGAGGGACGGAGCGAGGCCGAGGCCGGGCUUGUGGCGCAGUGGGCGCGCGAGCAGCGGAGGCGCGUGGCGGACCUCCUCUGGACGUCCCUCUGCACGGACGGGCCUCAAAACGGCAUGCGCGCCGAGCUGCUCCCAGCGGCGUGGCGCGCGGUGCAGGCGCGCCUUCCCUCCUCGGCGGGGGCGGGCGGCGGUGCUAAGGCCAGCCGCAGGCUCGCCUUCCUGCUGGCGCAAACGGAAGAGGCUGCGGGGGCAGCCUCCUCGGCCAGGGCCGGCGGUGAGGGGGCGCGGCGCGGAUGGGAGGAGCUUCUCGGCGGCAGCGCCAUCGCUGACUACUCCCAGGCCAAGGCCACGCGCGAGAUCACGCGGCUGCUGCGCGCGGUCGCGGGGCUGCCACCGCAGGCGCACCCGCCCGAGGCGGUGGCGUGGCUACUCCCCUCCGCACUCGUGCUGGCGCAGGCGGAGCAGCUGCUGGUUGCGUCGCUCGGCCUCGUGGCUGCGCUCUGCGCGGCGGUGCCGGAGGCCGGCGCGGCGCUGCCUCGCAAGGCACGCCACGCCGCCCCGCGGCCUAUCGACCGACCCACCACUCCACCACUCAGCGGGUUCGUCGCUCGUCGGCAGGCGCAUCGCGCGGUGCUGCGCUGGUGCUACGCGCUGCCGUCGCUCGCGCCGCACACGGCAGAAGGCUCUCUGUCUCGCGAUCACGGGAAGCGGCCCGUCCGAAUCGCGAGCCGCGUACCACUAGGCGCCGCGGCUCGCCGCUCUCGACCACGCGGUGAGCCGCCGCCCGACGUUGCGCUUCCCAUCCCGGUGUGA